AUGCUUUUGGCUGCUGGCAUAGCCCGACUUUCUUGUAGUGUCAAAUCGCUUUCAAAUGUUGCUCGGUCCAAAAGCUACAAGCAAUUUUCCUUUUCUCCUCCCAAAACAAACGCACCCCUCCAAACUCUUCUUCCUCGGGAACAGACGGGACUCCUCCCUCCCCGUUCUCCCAAACAACGCACCCCAACUCUGAACGGCCCACCCAACUAUACCAUCACAAACUCCCCACCGCUCCAAACCCACCCCGACCCCAGCCCGCCCACACCUCCACCCCGAUCUCCAACCACCAAAAUUCCACCGUACUUCCCUAGACCGCUAGAGUUUCGGCCACCGGAAAGCAUUAACCAGCGCCUGAGAUUAGGCCGGCGGAAAGAAAUACCCAUGGGCCAAUUUGCUAGGAAACCUGUUUGGCUUCCAAGAAUCCCACGCCUUCCAGCCUUCAAGUUCAGGCGCAUACAGUUUCCAAAUUGCCUCUGUUUUGCCAUGACAAUUCAUAAGGCAAACAAUCCCCUACGUUGGUCUCUAUUUAUCUCAAAAUAUUUUCUCACAUGGGCAACUAUAUGUAGCAUUGUCUCAUGGGACUUCUAUGGCAACUUCAAAAGUCUUGCUCAAAACAGGAGUUAAUGAAAGUAAGAAA